UAGCCAUGCUGACCAGUCACGUGACAGCCGCCUCGGACAUGUUCAGGAACACCGACUUCCUUGGAAUCGCCGACAUCAGUUUCGAAAUACAGAGAGUCUUAGGUUCCCGGGCACCGCGGGCGGCAUCUGCGAUAAGUUCCAGAGCGGGUCGAGCCUGCACUCGUCCUCGUCGUUCCUGGGCAGGCUGAGCCUGAACACCGGCAUCGUGACCUUCCUGAACCAGAACUCCCGCGUGCCCGAACGGAUCACGCACAUCACCUUCACCCACGAGCUGGGACACAACUUCGGCUCUCCGCACGACUUCCCGCCGGAAUGCGUGCCCGGAAGCAUUGUGGGCAACUACAUCAUGUACGAGAGCGCCACCCACGGCAACCUGCCCAACAACCGCAAGUUCUCUCCGUGCAGCGUGCGCAACGUCUCUCUGGUGCUCCACCAGCUCUUCUCUGGCGACGGUCCUCGUGCCAACUGCCUCCAGGAACCUCGAGGACCCUACUGCGGCAACUUCAUCCGCGAAGAAGGCGAGGAAUGCGACUGCGGCUUCAUGUCGGCGGAGUGCGAGAAAAGCUGCUGCUACGCUCGCGAGCACGGCGAGGACAGCCACAGAGCGUGCACCCUCAAGCCGGGUGCUUCCUGCAGCCCUUCGAACGGAGCCUGCUGCAAUAAAAACUGCACCGUUCGUAAAAGUACCUUUGUGUGCCGGGAAGACGACGACUGCUCUUUCGAGGCCACCUGCGACGGGCUGACUUCGGACUGUCCGCCCUCGGCGCCCAAGCCCAAUGGCACGCUGUGCAACCACGGCACCCAGAUAUGCGAGGACGGCCACUGCAAGCGCUCCGUCUGCGCCAAGUACAACCUGAACGAGUGCUUCCUCACCGGUUCCUACAGAACGCCCGACGAGAUGUGCCUCAUCGCCUGCAGCGAACCCGUUCCGCAGAGCGAGUGUAAGGAGGCUUGCGAGUUCGAGCUGAUGAAGGAGCUCUGCGGCAGGCGCAUGGAGCCCGGUGCCGCGUGUGACGACAUGCGCGGCUACUGCGACGUCUUCCGGAAAUGCCGCCGCAUCGACACGCAGGGGCCUUUGUCCUUGCUCCAUGACCUCGUCUUCGGUCACAUGGGACUCCGAAACGUACUGGUGAGAUACUGGUACAUCGCGAUUGUGCUGAUCGCACUGGGUGGCGUGCUCAUGAUGUUGCUGAUCCGGGUGUGCGCGGUGCAUACGCCCAGCAGCAACCCCAACCUGCAGCGAAGCCGGAAGGUUGGCGAGAGUCUCAAGGACCCCGUGAGCAUCCUCAAGGACGUCGUCCUGCUCUCGUCACUCACUCCGAAGACCGUCGUGCAUAGGGCGUGAGAGGGGCUUGAACGACUUCGUGGUGCCCUGUCGCGAGCGUGUCGACAUUAUACUCUAGUAGUUCGUAGACUUGCUCGUUCUGAACGCGGUACAUUUAUUUUCCAUGCGACUGGUAGCCAUGACGGUUUUGUGUAAGAUCCGCGGAUUGCCCCAGAUCAACUUGUUCGCUGAUAUUGUGCCCAUCAAUACCAUACAGAAAAAGAAAUCUUGCCGUGAUACAUAUCGGGAAUUCGGGCGUUAAAAGUGGAACUUAUUAUUGUUUAAAACUUGUAUUUGAUAACGGUACAUUGAGAUGUCUGUCACAUUGAGUCGAAGGUUUACCCUCAUAGCGUUCUCAUACGUGUCAAAAUGUUACCAGAAUCGUGAGAGGCUACUGCCGCAAUUGAGUGCAAGCAAAAUAUUCAUGCAAAUAUGCAUUUAUAAAAUAUGACGGCUCUAUACUUCUGACGACCAUAUAAAAAAACAAAAAAGAAUAAAACGUCGGUUACUUCUGCAAGCAA